GGAAGUGGGCGGAACUCCAUGAAAGCCAUGUUUGGACCGGGCAGCAAGCCGGAAGUAGGUGGAAGAAUGGCGGAAGUGGCUGGGGAGCGGGGGGGCCCCCUAAGGGGGCGGUUCCCAUUCCACCUCGGAGCCGGAUGUUUGCCGAGCUUUGACAGGCGUGGCAGAGGGAGCUUUGCCUGAGCGCGGUUUUUCGUCCUGUUCUUCUGGAGGGAACAGACUUAGCCAUGGAUCCCCUCUCAGAACUGCAAGAUGACCUUACCCUGGAUGAUACCAGCCAAGCUCUGAACCAGCUGAAGCUGGCCUCCAUUGAUGAGAAGAACUGGCCUUCUGAUGAAAUGCCGGACUUCCCCAAGUCAGAUGACUCCAAAAGCAGUUCUCCGGAACCUGUCACGCACUUGAAAUGGGAUGACCCUUACUACGAUAUUGCCCGGCACCAGAUAGUGGAAGUAGCAGGUAAGCAUGCCUGGUGCUGUACCUUUUCCCUCAUGGUCUGUGUUCCUGGCUUCUCUGCCACCAAGAAAGAGCAAAUUUUGUGCCUAGCCUCUGGUCUGUUCUUAUGAAACCUUCCCUUAUGA